AUGGUUACGAAGUCUUCGGACAAGAGGCACUUCGUGGUGCUUGGAGCCGGCGUAAUCGGCCUCUCAACAGCGAUUACCCUCCGAGGUAAAUAUCCAUCAGCGCGCAUCACUAUUCUAGCAGAAUACUUCCCCGGCGACUACCAUAUCGACUAUUGCUCCCCAUGGGCCGGCGCAAACUGGUGUUCCUCAGCAAGCGACAAUGGGCUCCUCGAGUCAUUCGACCGCGUUACCUUUGAGAGGUUCCAGGAAAUUGCCAAGCACAGCCCUGAAGCAGGAAUCAAGAGUUCUCCUCUUAGAAUGAUUUUUGACCAGAAGAUUGAGGAUGCCGAGAUACUCAGCGAAGGAACCGGAAAGUUGUGGUAUGAUGAUUUGGUCGGUGGUGCAGUCUCGCUGAACGAGAAUGGGCUGCCUGAGGGGGCUGUGUUUGGACUAGACUUGCCCUCCACCUUUGUGGUCAAUUCCCAGAUUUACCUUCAGUGGCUUUUGGAACAAUGUAGGCAAGGGGGCGUGUCUCUGCUCCGGCGUCAGAUUUCCCACCUCAAAGAGGCUCGCAUUUCAGCCGACGUCGUGGCUGUAUUCAACUGCACUGGUUUAGGAUCUUAUCAUCUCGGUGGAGUUGAGGACAAAUCCAUGUACCCGACUCGAGGCCAGACGGUGUUGGUUGAACAGCCCAUUCAGCCACUGCAACGGAUGUAUUUCAGAUCGCCUCGUCGAGUCGACAACGACACUACAUAUGUCUUCCAGCGUCCUCUCGCUGGAGGUAUCGUUCUUGGUGGUUGCCGCGAGGACGGCAACUGGGACAAGAACGUGGAUCCCGAGUUGGCGAAGAAGAUUAUGGAGAGAUGCUGUGCUUUGGCUCCUGAGCUAGGCAGGCCUGAGGAUCUAAAGGUGAUCAAGCAUGGUGUGGGCUUAAGACCAAAUCGUAAGGGCGGCCCUAGAAUUGAGGCCGAGAAGGGCGGGGAUGGGUUGGUAAUACAUAAUUACGGUGCCUCUGGUGCAGGAUAUCAGGCAUCAUGGGGCAUGGCAGCACAUGCAGUGAAGUUAGCACAGGAGCAAUUGGAGGCCGCGCCACAAUUGGUACCGAAGUUGUGA